AUGGACUCAGUGAAUAUUUGGUGGAAUUUGUCUUCGACUGUACGUCUUGCCGCAAUUUCAUGGGUUAUAGCAGCUAAUUGGGUAGAUGUGGAUCACCCGUUCUAUGAUACUCAACGGGACCAAAAGCGUCAAGGCUGGGUCAAUAUCAAUGCCUUCACGGCCAAGCUCCAUAAUACCGGCAUUCGUCCGGAGGGCCGCGGCCAGCUCCGUCACGGAAGUUGGGUCCUGAGGAAGACACUGGAGAAGGCCCCAUGGGAAGUAUUCCAUCAUAAGGACAUCGAGGAAUAUCUGGAAUGGUUGCAGGACGGGUACGUGGAGGAUUAUGAGGGCGAACUGGACGAGGAGUACAACGACAAACGUGAUCACUUUCUCGAGGAAAUUGACAUCAGAACCCUCAACGGAUGGAUACCGGGUGCAGCACAAUGGAUCAUGCUCUGUGGAAAAGAGAUCUACGGGAUGGAGGGCUCCCUGGGGAAGGAGUGGCCCACGAAGUGGACUGGACAAGAGGGAUGGUCGAAGCAGCGAUGGGCAUUCUGGAGAGAAAGGUUUGAAUGGGCCAGCACGGUGACUGCUCUAGACCGAAAGACACGACAGCUUGCCCGGCAAAUGGUAGAUGAAAUGAGACGAAUUGAAGGGGAAGACACCCGGCAAUAG